AUGCUGAUAGCGAGGUCAGCACUCGGUCGGUCAAACUCGACGCCUCACAGCAGCAGCCUGAGCUCCUCGCAUACUUUUUUCCGACAUAAUCGAUCGCAGCAGCGCGGUGAGCCAAAGCUCAGCAGUGCGCGUUUAUUCGCAUCAGCCUCUGCCGAUGCUCCUCGAGGAACGGGACCGUCAGUGUCCAAUACCGCCGGUCCUAAGCGGAUUCUCGUAGGGUAUGUGUGCCCUCCCCAAUCACAGGUGUCCCUUUCACCAUAUCGCUCCUCGCUCACCACACUACCUGCCCGCCUUUCGCCCCUUCCGCAUCUUCGCAGAUGGACGGCAUUGAUCUUCAUCGCAGGAUUCUCCUAUUUCUAUGUCAAGACGCAAAAUACUCGUAAGAAGAGGCAGAUGAUGAUACGGGAUGCGCAAGAGGUUGCCAGGUCACAAGGGGCGUCGGAAGAGGAGAUUCGGCAAUUGCAAGAGAGGAUAGACAGGCUUGCGGAGAGACACGCUGUGGGAACCAAUGCCGCACGAGGUGAGUGAGCGCUUGGGGUACUUUGCGAGCGAAGGGACCGAGUGUCGGUGCGCACAGUGGCGAACUCUGGAGGCCUGAGCAUCGAGGAAGGGGGCGCUAAAUGCGCGGUGGGGGCACGAGAUGAGCUGUCCCUGCGACGCUGGCUGCACAGCUUAUUUCACAUUGUGCGCUGCAACAAGGUCCUGGAGGCUGGGCCGACAAUCACAAUUCAAUCACUGGCCGAGCUGACGCAUUCGCGCGGGCGUCUCCUUUCCAAAACAGGCGCCACACCAUCCUUACCGCCAGGUCAGACAGAGCAGUCUCCCAUUGCAAGUCUGCUAAGCGCGUUUGCGCGCCAAGGAUCUCCAAAGGAUGACAAGAAUACUGCAUAG